AUGGAGCCGAGACGAGCACCGCUCCACGGCGGAUGCCACUGCGGCGCCACGCGCUACGUGCUCUUCCUCACCCUCCCCGCGCCGCCCCCGGACCCCUCCUCCCCGCCUCCCGGCGCCGGCCAGCAGCGCUUCCAGCGCUGCAACUGCACCACCUGCCACAAGAUGGGCCUCUUCCACGUCAAGCCCGCCUCCGCGGCGCGCGACUUUCUGCUGCUGCGCCCGCUGGACCCCUACGCCGCGCUCGGCGACUACCUGACCGACGACAAGGAGAUUCGCUUCUUCUUCUGCCGGACGUGCGGCGUGCGCUGCUUCAGCACGAACGCGACGGGCGAGGUGGUCGGCGUCGAGGAUGCGGCGGCGCUGGGCCUGCCCGCGCGGACAAGGGCGUGGAGGGCGGUGGAGGGGAGCGGCGCGCCCGAGUACGGCACGUUCGUCUCGGUGAAUGGGCACACGGUCGACGCGGACCAGACGGAGUUUGACAUGAGGGAGCUGACGGAGAAAAGGUGCGUGCGGUAUCUGGACACGUUUAGUGAGCAUGGCAAGGGACAGCCUGGGCGUUGGGAUAGGCCUCAUGAUCAUGGUUGUUAUUAG